GCGUGGAACCUAGCCAACUCCUCACCCUUUUGCAUCAGUCCAAGCCCACUUCCCAUGGCCAAGCUGAUAAAUUUUACUUAUUCUCCUAUCAGUGAUUUCCAUGAGUCAAGUGUUGCAGCAGACUCUCUGGUACAUUCAUCCAGUAUUGAUGACUUCAUUGCCUAUCUUGAUGGUGCAUUAGCUGCAAUUUCGCCAGAUGCGUCAUCCGAUAAAGAAGAUGAAAAUCAAGAUGAAUUGGAAAGUGUCAGAAUAAAAAGGCGCAAGUUUGAAAGUGACGAGGAAACUGAGUCGUCUACUUCAGAAGGAAUCGUGAAACAGAAUUUAGAAGAAUCUGUAGAAGAAGAUGUGUGUACACAUCCUGGUUCAUUCAGAGACAUGUGUAUACGUUGUGGGCAAAAGUUGGAUGGUGAAUCUGGUGUGACAUUUGGCUACAUACACAAGGAUCUGAGACUUCAUGAUGAGGAGAUCUCUAGAUUGCGCAAUUCAGAUGCGAAUAAUUUGCGUAGUCGUAAAAAAUUGUACCUGAUGCUCGACGGAUUGCGCAGCCACAUAAGAAAAUGGAAAUCUCAGCCAAAAUAUUUGCUGUUGUUCAUAAAUCAUAACUUUAUUUCAGGAUUACAUUUGGACUGAGUUGAAGUUGUAUAUUCUUAUUUACUUAUUUUUUCUUUCAAGUUUUAAAUUUUAUAGUUCCUCAAUAGUGGUUCUCAAAGGAGACAUUGCUGUGCUGCUGCAAAUUCAAUUCAUGCACAUAGAUUAAGUUUUUCUUUUUGUGCCUAAGAUAAUUUAUUGCUUGCGUCAUUAUAUCUAAUGCUUUGAACUUCAAAAUUUUCAGGUGUAAAUGAAAUGGAAAGUGUGUAACAUAAUAAAUCAAAUACAUCUAUUUUAGCCAAGAGGAAACAAUAGGAAAGGAAGAUAACAAAGGAGCUCCUUGUACCAUUCUGGAAAUCUCUGCGAACUUGUGAGAUUUGGCAAUAGUGAAGAAACCACAAGCACAGAACUUUAUUGUUCACACAGAGGUUAGUCAUGGAACCCAUUGCGACCAAUGUAUUUUGUUCUGCUUCUUUAUUUUUGGUUGUUGAUUUUCCCUGUAUUUUGGCAGCCAUUGUGUUAGUAAACUGUUGUGGUUAAUAUGCACAUGCAGUUUAGGAGUUAGGAUUUGCUGUUAGGUUUUUUUUUUCAGUUUGCUAUAAAGUUAGUUUUGUUGAUGGGUGAGAGUUUGGUUGGUUUUGGGUUAUGGUUAAUGUUGUAAUGUAAGGGUUUCACAGUGUCUACUUGGCAUCGUUUUCUAUAAAUGACCUAUUUUAUAAAGUUAGUCUGAAUUUGUUUGAAAUUUCUUUGCAAAUGGAUGACCAUAUAACCAUAGUAUUUCACCAUAGAGGUAGCUUUGUUACCAAAGAGGAUGGUUCUGUAGUCUAUGCUAGAGACAACACUGAUGAGUUGGUUGGGUUAGAUGAAGACACAAUGGAUGUGUUUUCAGUUAGGGACUACUACAAAGUGUUAGGAUAUAUGAUAAUAUUGUGGAGUGUUGGUGGUUGGCUCCUGGAAGACCUCUGAAGACUAGGCUGAGAGCUCUUUCGCAAGAUUCUGAGUUGCUAGAGAUGUGUUCAUGCAAAGAAUAACCAAGGGAUUGUACACGUCUACUUUGAACAUGGAGUGUCCUAACCAGAAUUUGAUAAGGAGUGUCCAGACUUGUGUGAGAUUUCCUCCAAUUCCAUUCCCACCCAAACCCAGCUGACAAUGAGAAGGAUCAACAUAUCUCUAAGCCAACCAUAUGUAACCCACCCAAGAAGGCCUCACCAAGUUAGAAGAAUCCCAUAAAACCAAACACAAUCACCCUCCACACCACCAGAAAACCCACUGUUGGUUCAACACCAACAGCCUCCAUCUCUAAGGCAGCCACAAAACCAAAUGGUGAGACUACUUCAACCACCAAACCCCCAUCCAAUGCAUCAACUAAGUCCCCAACAAAGUCCACAACUACCAAUCAAGCCAACCUAACUCAUCUAACAGAACUACUUCAGUAAAGCCUAACUCAUCUAAGCCCACUAAUCCAAAACCCACCUAAGCCCACCAAUCCAAAACCCACUACAGCCAAGCCCAACUCAUCUAAACCCACCACUACUAAGACCGCUACAUCCAAGCCCAACUUAUGGCUGAGGCAUGUGGUUCAGUGGCAAAAGUAUUUGCCUCAAUCCAAAGCCACACAAGUUCGAAACCUAGCAGUGGUUGGUGGCUAGGUUAGUGUGUGUGAGUGGGUGUGUGAGUGUGUAACCUAGGAUUGGGGGUUGUCCAAUCCAUCGACCAAAAAAAAGACCAAAAAAAAAAAAGCGAACUCAAUCAAAACCAAA